AUGGAAAAGUGCUGGACCAAGCAGAAGGAAGACAAUCGGGGAGCUCGACGCGGCGGCAAUGCACGUGGACGCGGAGCGAAUCAAGUUCAGUGGAAAGGCUACAACGGCAACAGCAACUGUGGCUAUGAUCGAGUGGCGUUUGCUCUUUCGCUGGAAUGCGGACUUUCAACGACUGUUGCAUUGUAG